UUCUCAGUACUUUAAAUCCUCAGACACCUAAUAUACAGCUCUGAACUGGCUCCUCUCGUGUACCAAGAACAAGAAGAGAAAUAUUUCUGAGAAACUAAAAAAAAAAAAGGGAAAGAACAACAAAGCAGGAAAAUGCCCUGUGUUUCCUGCAGAAAGCGCUGUGGACCACUGCCGCUGCAAGAAUAGGAAACAAUCGCCUUAUCCAAUCAGUCCAGGCACACAGCAAAAAAUUUCUUGGCAGCCAGUUUGCAGCACACUGUCAUAAAACACAUGUCAGUGCAGCCCCACAGGCAAGAACUGAGUCAGGAAAGCUGGAGUACUGGAGGCAGGAGAGGUGGAAGCUAGCAGGGGUGCAAGCUGAGCAUUUGGAAGAAGAGGCAUCCUCCACUCUCAGAUCUCUCCAGUUCUGUUCCCUUUAUCUAUCUGGGGAUCACCCAAUCAACUGCCCUAAUGGCGACACUCUACCCUGUCGGUUGGCUGGCUGUGGCCAUCGUGGCCGUUGUGGGCUCGUCAGAGAGGCGACACCACCAGGUGCAACACGGGCCCUGCAGCUACACCUUCCUGCUGCCGGAGGUGGAGCACUGCCGCCCGGGCUCUGCAUUCCAGGUCACCAACUCGCUGCAGAGAGACUCACCCCCCGCAGCAGAGCAGUCCUGGCAGUCCAAGAAGCUGGAGACCCUGGAGAGCGCCAUGGAGAACAACACCCAGUGGCUGCAAAAGCUGGAGAGCUACAUCCAGGAGAAUGUGAGGACCGAGAUGGAGGAACUGCAGAGGAACACAGUUCAGAAACAGACUGUCGCCAUGCUGGAGAUUGGUACCAAUCUGCUGAGCCAGUCCGCUGAACAGACCCGGAAACUGACAGACGUGGAGACACAGGUGCUUAAUCAGACCACCAGACUGGAGAUACAGCUGUUAGAGUAUUCCCUCUUCACCAACAAGCUGGAGAAUCAGAUCCUUCAACAGACCCAGGAGAUCACUCGGCUCAAUGAUAAAAACAGUCUUCUGGAGCAGCGGUUAGCGGCCAUGGAGGGGCACCACGCCCAGGAGCUGCAGGCCCUGAAGGUGGAGAAACUGCAGCUCCAGGAGCUGCUGACGAGGCAGAGCCACCUGGUCACCCAGCUGGAGAGCGAUCUGGGUAGUGCCACACGCAACAGCACCGUGCUCCAGCGCCAGCUGGCCACUCUCAUGGAAACAGUGCAGCAGCUGCUGGCCAUGGCCACUCAAUGCAACGAAAUCUCUGUUUCGCCAAAGGAAGAGGUUCUCUUCAGAGACUGUGCAGAAAUGUACAAAUCUGGGAUCACCGAGAGUGGAGUCUACUCUCUGCAUUACCCCAACUCAACACAGACUGUUAAGGUGUUCUGUGACAUGCAGACAAAGGGAGGCGGCUGGACUGUUCUACAGCACAGGAAGGAUGGCACCGUGGAUUUCCAACGUACUUGGAAAGACUACAAAAUGGGUUUCGGCGAAGCCGCUGGGGAGUACUGGGUGGGGAAUGAAUUCAUCCACCAGCUGACAAGCAGUCAGGAGUAUACCUUGCUGGUCCUGCUGAGAGACUCGGAGGGGAACGAAGCCCACUCUCAAUACGACCACUUCUACACUGAUGGCGAGGACAGAAACUACAGCCUCCAUGCAUGGGGUUUCAGUGGCACUGCAGGGAGGACCAGCAGCCUGACUCCCUCUGGAGCCCAGUUCAGCACCAAGGACAGAGAUAACGACAAGUGCAGCUGCAAAUGUGCCCAGAUGGCUUCUGGAGGGUGGUGGUUUGAAGCAUGUGGUCCAUCCAACCUCAACGGGAUUUAUUAUGCUGGGAGCUCCAACAUCGUCCGCUACAAUGGAAUCAAGUGGUAUUACUGGAAAGGACCUAGCAUGAUGGCCACCAUGACAACCAUGAUGGUCAGACCACGUGACUUCUGAAAGGGAAAGAGACCCAGUCCCCAGAGACUUCUCAUGGAAACAGACGGAAUCAACUUUUUAGAAGACCGACACAGAGACAUUCAGGCAUAUGGGCUGCCUGUCAAAGGACAUUAUGAAAGGAAACUUAGAGCACACCCACUGUACAGAGAAAACACUCACUCAACGUAAGGGAGCCUGAAUGAACUGUACAUACAUAAACUGCUUAUGUUGUGAGUAUUAGAUGCACUAAUGUCUUCGUAGUGACACGGUUUUAUAAAACUCUCAACUGUCAGAGCAUGGAAACAGGGAAACAGAGAUAAUGUGAUUGCAGUUAAUUGCUGAAACAGAUGGAUUGGGAAACCUGAGUAGAAUUUUAGUAAAUUAAGUAAUUUGUGCUGUAAUUACAUAAUCAACCAGAGAAUUUUCCUUCCUCAACCGUUGCAAAACACUAACAAGCAUUUAAUAGAGUAUAUGAAAAUAGGUUUGUUCGCUUGCUUUUUCAAAAAUAGAUAUAUAUAUAUAUGCGUGACCAACCUUAUCCUUAAAUAAAGUGGCUCCAGAGAUCUGUACACAAAAAAUCCUCACCAUUGAAAUACUGUUCAGUGCAGGAGACUUCACAGAUUUUGCUGUUUACACACCGAAAGAACUGUUUAGCAACCUAACCCCAUCAGGCUCUUAAAACCCCCUAACAUUCCACUAAUUAACCCCAUGUGAGAAGGAAAAAUAACCAUCAACACUAAUCUAAUUCAUAACCUAAAAUACCUCUGUUUUUGUCUAUUUACAAAUGAUAGAGGCUUAGAUAGCCUUUAUUGGCAUUUCAGCUUUCCUAAGAGUCCCUUCAGACUAGUUUGCCAUGAUAUAUAUUUAUAUCUUUCAAUCAUGUAAACCCUGGACGCACUUAUCCUCUUUGUAAUGUGCCUCCAUAACCUUGAGAUUAUGAAAGAAAUGAAGUGACUUCAUGAUUGUUUUGUUAUUUUGUCCUUCAGACAAAAGGGGAACGUUGCCAUUUAAAACAUUGGUUAUUUAAAACGAAAUAUAAACUCUAAAGCAGUGAGGGGAUUUUACAUAAGUUAUUAUAAUUUCUAUACAUUGCAGAGCAGUAAAUACAGUAUGUAGCCCUUGGUUUUAGGUUUAAUUUGACAUCAUAAUUCUACAAUUAUUUCACUUAUCGUGCUGUAUUAUUAUGUUUCACAUUUUUUUUCUUCUUAUCUUUUCAAGUAAAUUAUCAUCUAGAAACCCGAGCAGUGCUAACUGCUCAUCUCAAGAACAAUUCUGCUGUUGCCCAUUCUCACAUGUUACUGGAGCAGUGAUAUCACUUUCACUUGUUAUAAGUUAUUCAAAAAAAAAACUGAACCACAUAUGGCCUGUAAUAACUGCAGUUAAACACAAAUAAAUCACAAACUAUCUUAAUUUUAUUUCAAUAAUAAUAUUUGAAUACAAAAACCCUAACAGUUUUUUUUGGUUCAUUUCCCAAAAGCAAUAAUCCCUCCGGCCAAGUGAUUAAACAAACGUCAGACACAGCUUCUUAAAGUGACUUUGUACAGCAGUGAUUUAAUGGCACCUAAUUACUUUAAACAGUCUGAUCAUGUUCGUUUGCUGAAACCAGUUUAUAAAGCAAAUUAUUCAGGCCAAGAGACACAGUUCUCCCAUUUUUCCUGGUAUAAAGAAUGAAUUGGGAUCCAUUUAGUCAGAAUGCAUUCUACAUUUGGUGUAUCAGCAUCCUUUUUUGUUCUUAAUUAGAAAGAGAAUCCCAAAAGCUUAAGCUAUGUUUUAUCAAAGUCUUAAUGAAAAAUACAGUUUGCAUCAUCGCAAUGUAACUGACUCAGUGGAAGACUGAGUUUAUGCUUCAUUCCCAAAGAUUUCAUUUCCAAAGUAAAAAAAUAAAAGGGAGAACUGUGUGUCCUGAGUGGUCUUGAGGUCAUCAUCACAUUCUCAUGAGUUCCAAAAAGUCAUGCAAUUCAGAUCCAAUGCAUCAGGCUCAGUCACUGCACUUGGCUAAUCUAUACCAGGUGAAUUUGAAUUGCAUCUGUUAUGCAUGUCUGGUAUCUGUGUGCCACUAGUUCAUAGCAGCAGUGUGUGCAGUGUCAGAUCCCACAUUCUGCCCUACUUUUUUGUGCUCCAGGUCUGUUUUUGUGUGUGUACAUGCAUUAAGUGAUAUAAAGAGGGUAUGAAAAAGUUUGAUCAGAGCUCCACGAAAGACAGACAUCAUUUGUCUCUUUCAUUAGUAAGACAAUACAAUUUAGUGUUUUUGAGUUAGAGCUCAAAAAGUUCUUCUUUUAUUUAACUCCCCCAAAAAACAAUUCUUCCUAAGAAAAAAAAUCAGUUGUUUUAGGUGCCUAGGCUUU